AUGAUGCACACACAAGCAAGCUAGCAUCUAGAACAGCAUUAUUUUUUUCGAAUUAGAACAGGAUUGUUAGACAUGGAGAAAAUUGGAUUCGUGAACGGUGCCGGCGAGGACGAGGACGCAACAUGCUUGCAUGCACAGACACUCGUCUACGCCUACAACGUCACCAUGACCAUCAAGGCGGCCGUUGAGCUCGGCCUCUUCGACGCACUCAGCGCGGCUGACGGCCGCGCGCUGACCCCCGACGAGCUUGCUGUUCGAGUAACCAAGACCGAGGACAAGACCCAGUCGGCUGCCUUGAUCGACCGGAUGCUCAGGUUCCUCGCGUCUUUCGAUGUGGUGAGGUGCUCGACCGAGACAGGUCCCGACGGUACAGCUUUCCGGCGGUACACGCCCGCGCCGGUAUGCCGGUGGCUCACCAAUAACAACAGCGAGGGAUCGCUGGCCCCCAUGUCCGCAUUCUCCGUCGACGAGGACAACAUCUCGUCCUGGCAUCACAUAGCGGAGGCGGUGGCCGACGGCGGCAGGCACACGCCGUUCGAGAAGGCUCACGACGGCGUGCCGGCCUACGAGUACUUCGGUAAGAACCGUCGGCUGAGCAUGCUGUUCGACCGGGCCAUGGCGCAUCAGUCAUUGCUGGUGGUCAGAAAGCUGGUGGAGCACCCCGAAGUGUUUGACGGCGUCCGCGUGCUCGUGGACGUCGGCGGGGGCACUGGCGAGACCCUGGCGAUGAUCAGAGACCGGUACAAGCACAUCAGGGGCAUCAACUUGGAGCUGUCUCAUGUCGUCGCCGAGGCUCCGUCUCUUCCAGGCGUGGAGCAUGUAGCUGGAGAUAUGUUUGAGAGCAUACCCACUGGAGACGCAGUUUUUCUCAAGUGGAUGCUCCAUAUGUUCAACGACGAGGAGUGCCACAAGAUCCUGAAGAACUGCCACCGAGCACUCCCGGAGAACGGGAAGGUGAUCGUCAUUCAGAGUGUCCUGCCGGAGACCCCAGAGUCGACUCCGGCCGCGCGGGAUUCGCACACGAUGGAUAUAAUCAUACUUGUCAACUUCAAGGGAGGAAAGGAGAGGACGGAGAAGGAGUACGCCAAGCUUGCAACGGAUGCAGGCUUCACGGGCUUCCGGUCGACCUACAUUUUCUGCAAUUUUUACGCUCUCGAGUUUUCCAAGUAGCCAUACCUGUUUACCAGUUUGGCCUUGCAUAAGAGUUGCUAGCUCGCGUGCGUACGUAUGCUACAUGUUAAUUCCCGAAUAAGCCAUAUAUUUGGCGUCUUGUUUGGUGAUACGUUUCUAAGGCAAUGGUGGAGAUGAUUAUAUCACCUAUAUGUUGAUGUACCGUUGAAUAAUGUCGUAUUAUAUAUGUUUCUUGAAAAAUUAUCAUUUAUCUUGAUAUUGUGAA